AAAUGGCAAGCUUGUGGAAAUGCAUAUUUGGGCCUCGAUUGCAUCGCAUACACCGGCGGUCUCCCGUAACGGAAGGGAAGGCACACGAGGCCAACUUAAUUGAGAAUGGGGGAGAUCAAGUCAUUCGCUGGAUUCGUCUCUGUUACUCCAUUUCGUAUUACACUUCACCAAUUUUGGCCACGUUUUUGUAUCGCAGAGGAUACUUCACUGUUGACGGCGGUCUCAGCAUGGUCCGAUUCUUGUCCAACAUUGGUGUCCUCUUCGUUGGAGCAUUCAUUCUCAGAGGGAUUGGACGCUACAGAAAUGAGGACUACAUCACGUUUCUCACUGUCUUGGUGAACGCCACACGUGAUUACACACCAGAAAAUAAGAGGAAGCUGUCAUUCUAUGACUUUGAUUUCUACGCCUGGCCUAUUGACUUCGACAUCAAGGAGGUCACACAAGGCGAGGACAAGCCGAGGAUAUGCCCAUCAAAGCCUCGAAGUAAGACCCUCAAGACCUUGCCUUGUAGUAUUCUGAGUUAUUUUGUAGCGCAUACCUUUGGUAGGAGGAUGGUGUAUCCUGGAGCAACUGCUUUGGUGCAAACAUUGAUUGGCCCUGCCCUGUUGCAGGGACGUACAAAAUUAGUAGAGGAGGAGAGAGGUGUUCGAUCAAAACUGCUCACAGAUGACGGCAAUGAGAUUGAUACCAUGUUUGUUGAUAGGAGGGGUGUGAAUGCUGAUGGCAAUCACCAGACCUUGGUGAUUUGUUGUGAGGGGAACUCUGGCUUCUAUGAAGUAGGCUGUAUGUGUACUCCCCUUGAGUCAGGCUACUCUGUCCUGGGGUGGAAUCAUCCUGGCUUUGGAGGCAGCACAGGUGCCCCCUUACCAAAACAGGAGGAGAAUGCCAUUGAUGUAGUCAUGCAGUAUGCCAUUCAUCAGCUCCACUUUCAUGUAGAGAAUAUUGUCCUAUUUGCUUGGUCCAUAGGUGGAUAUACCGCAUGCUGGGCAGCAGCUAACUACCCUGACAUUAAACAUGUGAUAUUAGAUGCUACAUUUGAUGAUCUCGUACCGCUUGCUGUUGCAAGGAUGCCGCAAAGUUGGAGAAGCCUCGUGAUUACGACGAUAAGAAACCACAUGAAUUUGAAUAAUGCAGAAUUAUUAAACAGGUAUCCAGGGCCGAUUCAGUUGAUCAGACGUUACCGGGAUGAGAUGAUAUGCACACAGGAGCCGCCAGAUCCAGCAACAAAUCGUGGUAACGAUCUACUCAUCAAAGUCUUGCAGCAUAGAUUUCCAAAGUUAGUUGAUGAGACGACUAUUCCAAUCCUCAGGGAUAUGUUGGCAGGCAGUGAGGCUAAAGCCGGUCUGCACUCAUUGUAUGAGGUGGACGAUGAGCUCAUCACUCUCGCCCUGCGCUCAUACGUCGAGGAAUACUCUCCAAGCUAUCCUAUGCAGAUUGGGGAGGACUUGGAUGAAAACACAAAAAUACAGUAUACAUUAUUCUUGGCAUCUCACUACAUGAAGGACUUCGACUCCACCCACUGUACCCCACUGCCGACGAGGUUGUUCCUCAAGCCGUGGGAUAUACAGCAAGACCCUGGACUCAAAUUUGAAAUUUAGAUCAUGCUUUCAAAUGUUUAUGUAUUGUAUCAAAAUGGCCAGAGAUUAUAUUUAGAAACUUGAGACGCUUUUCGUUUGGAUCUGUAUCAUUGGCCAUAAAACAGGGCCAAGUUAUAAUGAACAGAUAUUUACCAAUUCAGUCACUCCUCUUCACUUAAAGGGAACUGAAACCGCCAAGCCAGUUCGUAUGACCUCGUUUUCAUUUCCCGCGUAUCGGGUGAUCAGAACGAGGCAUGAAUGAAACAUGGCGCCUAGCUGUCAAUCAUUGAGUGACGUCACUUCUAUGGAAUUUACUAUGAAAACUCAUGAAUGAAAGAUCGCAGGACUCACGUGAUUCUCACGUGAUUCUCACGUGAUUCUCACAUGAUUCUCAAUAAUAACAAAUUAAACUGCGCAUGCUUGGGCACUGGGGGCGGAGCUACAAAUCUGAACUCGAAUAGGAAGUUGGAAGUUUGACUUUCUCGGGCGGUGAAAGUCGAAAAGUUGAAUAAAUCGCUCGGCGGUUCCAGUUCGCUUUAAUACCUUUCCCCAGGUGAUGGUUGGAAGAUUUGAUGCUUUGAUGCUUUGAAAGCAAUGUCCCAUACUUUUGGCCACUAUUGUGUACGCAUAUUUAUGUUGGAUGUUGGCCUACAUGUAAAAGGCUUUUUAUUUCAUUACUCCAGUCUUCAUAUCUUUUUCAUUGCAUGUAACAUCAAACGUCCCAUUAUCGCCGCAGGACUUUGCCGCUUAUGUCAUGACAUAUAUUCAAUGAAAAUUUGGUGAUAACAUGCAGGACAUGGCCAUGAGGCAGCAGUAACAGGACCUCUGUGCUACAGAACUGACUAAUAUUUUUGCUGAGCUGUAAUUGUAAAUUUGCCAAGUAUUUGUCAACGCCUGUAUUGGUAAAUCAGAGAUUUAUUAAUGUAAUGGUAAAAUAAAUGAGUCAAUUAUGCUUCAAUUCAGUCUGAUCUGUUCAUAUCCUUGAUUAUUAUUUAAGUGGUCAUCAAUAUCAUGUAAUAAGUUUGUAAU